AUGCUAUCCCGGUCCACCAUAUUCCGCCCUCUAGCUGGUGCAGGUGCAGUUGCGCGCUUAAGCAAAAGAGGUGGCGGCGGCAGCCAAACUAUCCUGAACAGCGCAAACUAUCACCGGCAGCAGCAGCAGCAGCAGCACGGAGCGCGCGGCAUGGCUUCUUCGUCGCAAACGCCAGUCGAGGACAUCAUCAGGACCAAGUUGACCGAGGCCUUUGCCCCGACCAACUUGGAAAUCUUCAACGACUCACACCUGCACUCGCACCACAAGGCCAUGCAGGGCUCAACGUCCAAGGAGACGCACUUUCGUCUCUACAUCACGUCCGACGCCUUCAAGGCCAAGAUGCAGCCCGCUCGGCACCGCAUGGUCUACACCCUGCUCAAGGACGAGAUGGCCCGUGAGGGCGGCAUCCACGCCUUGCAGCUCAAGACUAGGACGCCCGAGGAGGAGGAGCGGGCGCGCAAGCUCGAGGCCGAGGCGGCUGCAAAGUAA